AUGGUUGCUAACGUCACAUUUCAAACUCCCAGUGUUGCGCCAAGCCCAUUGCCAGUUCCUGUGAUGCUGGCACCCAUUGUCCUCGUGUUGGCGCAGACCCUCAACUAUCCGGUCAAAUGCGUCCUGGCGGACUUCGAUAUCUGCAUCAGUCGGGACUUCUUCGUCUACUGCUUGAAUUGCCAUUUCCUCAACAAAAUUCGCGGCCGCAUCUACUAA